AAACCUUUUAUUUACGCCAACUUAUUAUUUAUUUUGUUGCUUUUUCUUUGUUAAAGUUAAUGAUAAGAAUGGUAAAUUUAUCAAGUACUACAAUUUAAAGCGUUAUCUCUAUAUUUAAAUUUUCUGAAAUAGAAUUUGGCCUUAAGAAUGGUAAAUGUAUCAAGUACUACAAUUUAAAGCGCUAUGUCUACAUUUAAAUUUUCUGAAAUGGAUUUCGCUCUUAAGAUAAUGUAGCUAUGCGCGAGCGUUAUUACAUUAUUAUUUAAUGAUUUCGUCAGAAAAGUAUGAAUCAUUUUAAAAAUCUCUUAUAUUUCAUGAAUUUUCUUUUAUUCUUGCAUCCCCUCAUGACACUGAAGUAGUAUGUGAUGUUUUUAUCCUGUCAUGUAAAUAUAACUGUAAAUUUUAGCCUAUAUUACAGUAUUUAAUUUUUUCAAGUAAAUUAUGCGAGAAAAAAUUGUAGAUUAACGUCAAAAAUCGACAUAUUAGUUCUCUAUUUUUUCAUCAUGAAAUAUUGCCCGAUUCUCCAACAUUUGAUUCUCCAACAUAUUUUUGAAUUCUAGAAGAUAGUGUUUUCCUCAAUUUGAAAAAUUUUUCGCGUAGAACAUACCAUCGAAAGCGAUACGUACCGACGAAAUGUUUUAAAGCCGAAUAUUGAUACUUUACAAUGAGCAGCCAAUUAAUCAACCACAAUAAUGUGUUAUUACAUUUAAAUUGCGUGUUAAGAAUAUGGACACAGUUUAUGUAGUUAAAAUUAUUAAUUAUCCAGAUUUUUCUGCAAUAGGAUUCUUAUAUAAAAUUUAUGUAAAUUUUAGGUUUAUUCAAAAGGAAAUGAAUACCUCAUUUCAAGACAUCUUUUUCCCCUUCCAAAACAAUUCAUUGGAUAAUGAUACUUUGGACAUGAACCAAGAACUAGAUAGAUCUGAUAAGCAGGAAAAAUUCAGAAUUGCUCAAGUUGUUUUUCUCAUAAUUUCGUCUCUCGGAAUAUUUGGGAAUUUAGUGUCGAUUCUUGCCUUGAAGAAGCAUCGAAGCCCAACCAUUGCAUUUAUUAUAACUUUAUGCACUGCCGAUUUGCUUUUUUGUCUUUUCACCCUAAUAAAUUUAAGCAGACCCGAUUGGAACAGGAACCACGUUUUUUGCAUUUUGAUAACAUGGGCAAAAUACUUCGUUGGUGGAGAAUCGAUGUAUUUAAUGAUUGGAAUUACGAUUAAUCGAUAUAUAUGUGUAAUUUACCCAAACUAUUAUCGUUCGAUAUACAGAAUGAAAUUCUUAGCAUCUCAUUUAGCUUUAACGUGGAUGCAUUCCUUUAUUAUGUCAAUUUUACCAUUAUUUGGAGUUGUAGGAAAAUAUGAUUACGAUCCUAACAGCGGACUCUGUAUCCUUUUAAAACGAAAUGGAAUAACAGUUUCAACUUUCCUUUUUAUAUCCUACUUUGCACUUCCACUCACGGUUCUUGCAAUUUGCUAUUCUAGAAUUUUUUGGAUUACUCAUAAGACAUCUCAACAAGUUAGAAAGCAUUGCAAUUUAUCUGCUACGCCUGAAAAAUUAAAUGCCACAACAACUUCACUAGAGAGUCAAAGAGGUGAUUUUCCACAUCGCUUUAACGACACAGAAAUGAGAAUCAUGAAAGUGACGCUAGUCAUCUUUGUAGCUUUCCUGAUUUGUUAUUCUCCAAUGGUGUUAACUCUUCUUUGGGACAGUGCAGAUAAAAUUCCUGCACUUACAUUUCUAUCCCAGUUGGGAAUCAACUUAUCAAAUGUGAUCAAUCCCAUAAUAUACGUUGCUAUGUGUGCUGAAUUCCGAAAAUCAUGUUUCGAACUUUUCACUUGCAAACAAGUCAGGCUGCCAUUGUCAGCUUCUUCAAAUGCAGCAACUUCUUCAAAUAAAGCGACUUCAGAGAUGCGAAGUGUCUGUGUUAUUACAUUUAAAUUGCGUGUUAAGAAUAUGGACACAGUUUUUGUAGUUAAAAUUAUUAAUUGUCCAGAUUUUUCUGCAAUAGGAUUCUUAUAUAAAAUUUAUGUAAAUUUUAGGUUUAUUCAAAAGGAAAUGAAUACCUCAUUUCAAGACAUCUUUUUCCCCUUCCGAAACAAUUCAUUGGAUAAUGAUACUUUGGACAUGAACCAAGAACAAGAUAGAUCUGAUAAGCAGGAAAAAUUCAGAAUUGCUCAAGUAGUGUUUCUCAUAAUUUCGUCUGUCGGAAUAUUUGGGAAUUCAGUGUCGAUUCUCGCCUUGAGGAAGUUUCGAAGCCCAACCAUUGUAUUUAUUAUAACUUUAUGCUCUGCCGAUUUGCUUUUUUGUCUUUUCACCCUAAUAAAUUUAAGCAGACCCGAUUGGAACAGGAACCACGUUUUUUGCAUUUUGAUAACAUGGGCAAAAUACUGCGUUGGUGCCGAAUCGAUGUAUUUAAUGAUUGGAAUUACGAUUAAUCGAUAUAUCUGCGUAAUUUACCCAAAGUAUUAUCGUUUGAUAUACAGAAAAAAAUAUUUAGUAUUACAGUUAGCUUUAACGUGGAUGUAUUCUUUUAUUAUGUCAAUUUUACCAUUCUUUGGAGUUGUAGGAAAAUAUAGUUACGAUCCUAACAGCGGACUCUGUAUCCUUUUAGAACGAAAUGGAAUAACAGUUUCAACUUUCCUUUUUAUAUCCUACUUUGCACUUCCACUCACGGUACUUGCAAUUUGCUAUUCUAGAAUUUUUUGGAUUACUCAUAAGACAUCUCAACAAGUUAGAAAGCAUUGCAAUUUAUCUGCUACGCCUGAAGAAUUAAAUGCCACAACAACUUCAAUAGAGAGUCAAAGAGGUGAUUUUCCACAUCGCGUUGACGAUACAGAAAUGAGAAUCCUGAAAGUGAUGCUAGCCAUCUUUGUUGCUUUCCUGAUUUGUUAUUCUCCGAUGGUGUUAACUCUUCUUUGGGACAGUGCAGAUGAAAUUCCUGCACUUACAUUUCUAUCCCAGUUGGGAAUCAACUUAUCAAAUGUGAUCAAUCCCAUAAUAUACGUUGCUAUGUGUGCUGAAUUCCGAAAAUCUUUUUUCGUACUUUUCACUUGCAAACAAGUCAGGCUGCCAUUGUUAACUUCUUCAAAUGCAGCAACUUCUUCAAAUAAAGCGACUUCAGAGAUGCGAAGUGUUUGAUAUUGCGCAACAAUUUUUUAUAUUGUUAAACUUAAAAAAACAUUAUUUUUA